AUGUUCCAAUCAAUUCGUGUUGCUCUACCAGCUCGCCUUCCAGCUCGUCUGGUCAGGUGGAAUUCCACUGGUCCUGUUCUGCCACCCUUGAUGGCCACUCUGCGGACUGAUCUAAAGACCGCGAUGAGAGCCAAGGACACCACACGGCUCAAUGUGCUGCGCGCUUUGAUCUCCGAAACCAACAACGCCGCCAAGACCGCCUCUCCGAUUCAGACAGAUAUCCAACUCUUGUCACUCAUCCGCAAACGCUUGAACGCUGCUAAAGAUGCUGCCAAGGAGUUUGAAACUGCCGAGCGACCCGAUCUGAAAGAGAAGGAAGACGCACAGGUCGUGGUUCUGGAAGAAUAUGCCGGCCAAGUCAAGACUCUUCCCGCGGCUGAGAUCGAAGAAAUCGUCACCAAGGCAAUUAACGACAUGAUCAGUGCCGGUACAAAGCCCAACCCAGGUACCGUCUUCAAGACUCUCUUCGCUACCGACGGUCCCUUGGAUGGCAAGCCCGUCGAUAGGAAGAAUGAAGUUUCUCCGGUGGUGCAAGCGGUGCUUAAGAAAGUACUCUCCUGA